AUGAGCUGGUUGCCAUUAGCUGUGAUGGACAGAGACCUCAAACCGGAUAAUGUGUUGAUUACAUACGACGGGUAUAUAAAGUUAUGUGACUUUGGUUUGGCUAAAGAGGUCGAUAGUAUUGAUUGGUAUCGGAUGUCUAAAACUAAACAUACGGCAGAUGUGGGAACUAUAGAAUAUAUGGCACCGGAAGCCCAGACUAAUGAUUACAAUCAUAAGAUAGAUAUCUAUAGUCUAUCCCUAAUUGGGGCUCAAAUUUUUGGUUUUGAUAUCAACGAUAUAAUUGACGGAAAAUUGGAGGCAAAGACCCGAAUGUUCGCACAUUUGAUGACAAUUGCAGACAUUUAUGACAAAUAA